AUGGAUUUCAUCAAGACCAGUUCCCUGCGUGCUCUGAUUGAGUUAACUUUCCAACGCAAUUGGAAUGGCCUCAUUUGGAUAAGUAGAAAAGGAGUUAUAACCAAAAGAGUGAAGACUGCUCCAGACGGCUCUAUCGAGAAAGCGCCAAGCCGUGCAUCGGCUGGCCGAGGAACGAAUGUUCCGCGAUUGGCCAUAUUUAAAUCCAUCCGUCCACGCCUCGGCCAAAGUCCAAUCCAUCCGGCCAUAGUACAACAUGUGGGAAUUGCCAUUCCUAACUAUGAGACACUACCCAAGCCAAUCCCUUUGGAUCUCCAUGCCCUUCAGCAAAUCCACUUCCUCAACCGUUGGACUCAAAACCCAACCAAGUUUU